AUGUCUUUGCGUGAGUGGGGUAUUGAUGGCAUAUUCACUUUGACAGUGGAUAAUGCUAGUUCCAAUUUAACCACAAUUAAAUUUUUACAAAGGGUAACAAAAGAUUGGAAUGGGACAGUUUUAGGAAAUGAGUUAAUGCACAUGAGGUGUUGUGCCCAUAUCCUAAAUCUCAUUGUUGGGGAGGGUUUGAAAGAAAUUGAUGCAUCUGUUGCUAGGGUGCGUGAAGUUGUGAGGUAUGUGAAGUCCUCGCCCAAUAGAAAUCAAACCUUUAGGAAUUUUAUGGAGAGGUUAGGUAUGGAGUCCAAGAAUCUUCUUUGUUUAGAUGUACCUACUAGGUGGAACUCAACUUACCUUAUGUUAGAAACUGCUGAAAAAUUCGAGAAAGUAUUCCUUAGGAUGGACUUUGAAGAUGAUGGUUAUUCAUCAUAUUUUAGGAGCAAGGAAGAUAGUGGUGGUUUGGGAUCUCCUUGUAUGAGUGAUUUCCAAAAUUGUAGGGCAUUUGUGACUUUCUUGAGGCUUUUUUACAAUGCAACAAAGAAGUUCUCUGGCUCUUUGUAUGUGACCUCAAAUGCCUUUUUUGAUGAGAUCUUUGUUAUUCAGGAGAGUAUUUCUCAUUUAGUUAAAUCCCAAAACACCCUCUUGAAAAACACAGCCACAAACAUGCAAACUAAAUUUGAGAAGUACUGGGGGGAAGGUGAUAAAAUUAAUCCUCUUUUGUAUGUGGCUGUUGUUCUUGAUCCAUGA